ACGCCGCCGCAUCCGAAAAUAAACCAAAAUCACUCCACACCUAUGGCCCAGCUACUGGUGACAGACACAGAUCAUCAGCUAACCCGAAUGUCUCUCGUCCACCCCAUCCCCCCGUAUGCAUGCAUUCAUGUCUCACUGAGACUUCUUCUUGCACACCAGUACAACAGAGACGUACUGAAAGCUCCAAUCCACUGCGCCUUCAUUUCCUGCAUAACGAGUCAUGGGUGCUCGAACCACAGCGUUAUAGCCAAGGUGGUCGCGAAGGCCGGGAAUGCGUUGCUCGCCUGGUGGACCAACUCGGUAGAUAAAGCUCGUCUCUGGCGGUAGCUUGCUGGGGCCUCUCAGAAAGCCGUAAAGAUUGAGCCCCGGUCCCCCUUCGCCCUCCAUGUCCCACUCGUCUACAAUCGAGGGGUUUGUCAGCAGCUCCCCUAUCUCUGGCAGAUAAUAUUUGGCGUCGAUCUCCCGGUAGUGAGUCAAAUUUUUGGCAAACUCCUCCUCAUCUCGCUCCUCUUCACCCUCGCCGCGAUCUUGAUAGUAUUCAGCAACCUUCUUCAUGUCCUCUGUCACGGACUUGUUGACGACUCUGAACUCGGGGUCGCCAUCCCAGUCCAUGUAGGCGCUCAGCAGGGUGGUGUGGCAGUCGAAGUGCUGAGAGAGCAGCUGGUAGAGUGCGCUGUCGACGCCUUUGAGGUGAGCUGGCGUCAUGCUGGACAGGGUAUAGUCGUGCGAUAGCUGGAACACCCAGGACUGGUUGGCCUGAAGAGAACAGAGACACAUCGAGCAAUGCAUAGGCCAUACACAUGAGAAGGAGCGGAUGACGACCGUCCGUCUAUGUACCUGGGGAGAGUCGAAGUGCUCCUUCAUGCCAUCCACCAGCCGCUGCAAUGGGGGCGCCAGCGGGCCGUCCUUCGUGAACCUCUCCCCGGUCUCGUGACGGCGCAAGUUGUAGGCGAGCGCGAGGCGAUAUCCCGACACAACAGGCUUGACGCUGUGGACAAUGUCGGAGUAGAAAGCGAUCCAUCGGGCUUGCUGGUGCCCGAGGGCGUCUUGCGUCUCCUUGUUGAAUCUGUCGCCAUCGAAGUCCCCAUCAUCGUGCAGCAAGAAGUCGCCUCCAGUAUACUCGGUGGGCAGGAAGACCAGCAGAGAGGCGAAGUGGUCGUUCGAGCGCUGCGUGUCCUUGUGCACCUCAAAGAAGUCUCCUUCGCCGUAGAGCAGCAUCCUGUACCAAUCGGCCUGCACACGGCUGGUGGGCCCCGACAUCUCUUCCUCCACCUGCCGGCAGAUGCCCUCGAUCACCCUGGUCCAGUUGCCAGCCUGGCUCUUGAGCGCGACGAGUCCUCCCGCCACCUCCCGCGACUUGCGUGCCUCCAGAUCCAUGACCGUGUCCAUGCCCUUGCCCACGGGAGACUGAGCAACUGCUCUUCGUACAGCGCCUUCAGUGCAGACGACUGCAUGCAAAAACACACACAGACGGAGUCAUCAGCACGUGCCACGAGAUGCUGUGUUUUCUGCCUAUCAUGCUUGCCGAGAAGGGGGCGUCUGUCAUCGUCUCACAUCUCGGUUCCAACGUCCAUGAGGGCCCGUGGAUGGACGGCAGGAGGUCCAGGGUGCCCGAGAGGAACGGCUUGGGGCUCUCAUGCUCCUUUAGGUACCUCACAGCGUCGCCAACGGCCGUCCACGCCUCCUCCUUCGUGAGCUGCCUCAUUGCCAGACCAGAUCUGAGGUGAGGCCUCACGCGCGACACUCCCUGCUUCGGUGAGGGGAAGCCUUGGUGCUGACGAAGCUUGCGCGACAGCCAAGAGGACGAGGGUAGGAACGCACCAUUGACGUCGACGACGGGACAAAGCGAAGCCAGGGUAAGGACAACAAAGAUCUGACUCAUCAUCGCGAGACGGUAAGAUGAGCUCAUCCACAGGACAUCCGAAGGGAUAGACGUGGACGUUUCGCUGGC